AAAUAAGUUAACCAGAGAGGGAGAUUUGAGUAAACAAAUGAUGGUAAAUGUAAGCAGUUGAAAGUUGCGCUUCAAGAUACGCCACUGGGUGGAGUGAGUUUGUUUUGAAUUCAAAACUGCGGAAUGUCAUUGAUAACGAGAAGUUCGGGUUGUUGUGAAUCGUGAAGAUGUUGGCCAAAGGUUUGCAGCUGACAUUGGCGAUAAUAAAGCCGCACGUCGUGUGUCAGCCGGUCGCGCUGCAGGAUAUCCGGCGGAUGAUAUUGGCGGCCGAUUUCAAAGUGGUGCGCUCGGAGAGGAAGAGGUUAUCACUGCCGGACGCGGAACGAUUCUACUCGGAACACGAGGGCAAGUUCUUCUACAACCGACUGACCACCUUCAUGACUAGCGGUCCCAUCGACCUGUACAUUCUGGCGAGACGGGAUGGGAUCAAGGAGUGGAGGAAGCUGAUGGGUCCGACGAAGGUCUUCCGCACGCAGUUCUUCGAGCCGGAAACGAUCCGGGGCAAAUUCGGCCUGUCGGAUACGAGGAACGCAACGCACGGUUCCGAUUCGGACGAGAGCGCGAAAAAGGAGAUCGGGUUGUUCUUUCCGCGUUUCGACUUCGAGGGAUGGCACAGAGAUGAGGAGAUCCAUUAUAGGGACGAGGCCAACUUGAUUUUGGAUGAGGAGGAAUUCGUUCACACGAUAGCAGAUAAUAAUAACGCAUAGUCUACGCCACCUGUUUCCAAUGGUAAAGUGCUGGUAGAUAGAUGGAUUUUGGGGAUUUUCCACUGCGCGCAGGGUAUAUUUUUUUGUUGCUUUGUUGGGGGGGGAGAUUCCACCGCAUCGAUUGCUGGAAAACUACCUGCUAUUCCAUGGAAAAGUACCCCGAAAUCCUCGUAGGGCAUUUAAGAGAAUCCUGUUUUUAUUUCUCUCUCUCUCUCUCUUACACACUAAUUCUAACUUUCUAUUUCAAAAGUCAACGUUUCAUUUGUUGAGGUAUAAAAAGAAAUUACCUGCAGUUGUUAGCCGUAAUGGUCUCAUUUAUAUUUAGAUAAGCCGGUGCAAGUAAAACAAUGCACACAACAUUUUUACACAGCUAUUUUUAGCAUUUCGCGCGAGAGAACAAAAAAAAAUACAUAGAAAAUACAACAACUUGUGUAUGCGAACAAUAAUGUAGCAAAAAUAGAUGCGUUGAUUGGCGCAAAUGUUUGCCCAAUUAUAGCACUCGUUAUGUAAUGUAACGUACGGCAACUAGCUAAUAACAAAUAAACAGACGAAAAAAAAAGUACACCAUUAUCUCAGCGUGUUCCAAACAAAUCGCGCAUUCGAUGUGUACAUUAUUGUUAUUAUAUUGCAGGCAUGGAGUAAAGUAUUAAAUUAA